AUGAUAGUCGAUGAUAUCAGCUCCAUCCUGAAUAUCCAGAUGCCAGAGAUACCAGAUUCAUUACCAAUUGAUCUAUCAAAUAUCAUCAAAUCAGUCAAUACCCCUAUAUUAAGGACAAUUAAUUUUUUGACAAUCCCAGAUUCAAAGAACAUCACAGAAGUAUUAGAAUACUUGAAUUUUGAUUUUCCUAUUAUUCCGACAUUUCUUAUGCUUAUUGAAAAAUAUCAAGAUUUUGAUUCACAAUCUUCCGAUAUUCUUGCAAUUUAUGUACUUUAUAUGUAUAUAUCAUGCGUAUUAUAUGCUAAUGAAACAAACGAUUACCAAUAUUAUACAAUGAUUUUAAAUUCCAUCCCGAAUCUACAAAAUUCUAAACAUUUUCCUUUAUUACAGAAUUGCUUUUUCAAAAUAAUCCAAGAAUGCAUCAACCAUCCAGAUUGCGCUACUCUCAACACAUUCUUUCAAGGAAUUUCCGAUUACAGUCUUUUAUCAUGCUCUCAUUCACCAGAAUUUGAAAAUAUUCUUGUAUCAAUCCUACUAUUUGUGACAUCACAAAACCAUGACGAUAAAUUAAUAUUCAUUAAAUUCAUUUUGGAACUUACAAAAGAAAAAUUUCAAUUUAAUGCAACAAAUUCAAUGAAAAUCAUUAAUUUAAUAGAGCCACACGUUAUAGGAUUAGAUUGUACAGCAAUGCAAUUGUUUAAUACAUUAUCAGAACCUUUAUUUUCAGAUAUUAUUCUCGAUAUUUACAAAAACAUCAUUGACUCAUUAAUUUCAUUUGCAAAGACUACAGAAAUGAUUAAAAUACCUAAAAUUGAAAAAUCAACGAUUGAUUUCAUUCCGAAUUUAAAUCCAAAAAUUAUUUUUGAAUAUAGUGAUUUAGAGACGUUUGAAGACGAGCUAUCAGAAGAUAAUGUAACAAUUGAACAAUUGCCAUCGAAUAUUUCGCUUUUACAAGAUUCUCAAGAAGAAAUUUUUAAAAUUAUUUCAAUUUUAACUAAAAGAUCAACAAAAUGCGAAGACACACUUUUAAGUAGAUUCACAGUGUUAAACAAGAUCAAUAUGAAUGAAAUUUUAGUUUUAAUUUAUUUGAUACAAGAUUUAACACUUUCUUCUCAAAAUUGUAGUACAUACAUAUCAUUAAUCUUGAAUUCACAACUAUUUGAUGAUACAAUCAAUCCAAUUUCGGAUAAAAUUUUCUAUAAGAUUUUUAUUCAGUCAAUGAACGUUUUAAAUGAAUCAAAGUUUAUUGGAUUAACAAAUAUAUUCAAACAGAAACACAUUAGUUUCUUUUUGUGCUCAAUUAUUCUCAAAAUUAUUUUUUAUAAUUUUUAUAAAAUUUUAGUUGAUGAUUUAUGCAAUGAAGAGUUCAUGAAUGAUAUAGUUAUGUCAUCAUGCUAUUACCAGGAGCAACACAAGUACGCAAAUGACGAAAAUUUACAAAUUAUUGAAGAAUCAAGAAAAACGAUAUUUAAGAUAUUUAAUGAAGUUGUAUCCAACAAAUCAUUGAACUACAAGUGGUUUUCCAACCAUAAUUUCGUGAAACAUUUACUUUCGUUGUUAAUGGAAACAUCUGUCAGAAAAUUUUCAGAAAACUUGAUUAAAAAGUACUUAAAUUGUUCAGAAAGUCCAAUACAAGAAGUAUUUAUUCAAGAAUUACUUAAUGUUUUGACAGAUUUUUCAAAUAAUUUUUCAGAUCCGAUUUAUAUUGAUUUAAUGACAUCAUUGAUAUCAAUAUGUAAUUCAGCAAAGUCUAUUAACUUUUCUCUUUUAAUUGAUUUGAUUAUUGAAAUAAUUACAAAAAUUGAACCAAAUUCUAUUACAUUUCCUUUAUUUGAAGCUUGCAUAAGGUUUUUAACUAAUAGUUAUAUGACUCACAUUUUAGAUUUUAAUGAGAUAACAAAAAUUUCAAAAACAACUCAAGAAUUCAAUAAAACGAAGUUUAAACAACAAAUUGAUGAUUUAAUGCAAAAUCUUUUAUACGAAACAAACAAGAUUUUCAUUAAAAAUGCUUCAAUACUGGGAAUUAUUGUUGAAAGUUCAUUAGAUGACAAUGAUUUGAUGCAAAACUUGGAUUUUGUUUAUAAUAUUCUUGAAAAAUCUAUUUAUAACAUGAAGAUUUCUCAUGAUCUCAAGUUUGAUUUGUAUCUUGUAGAAAAAUUACUGAAAAUCAAGCAAGAAAAUGAAGACAGAUCUAAUGUUGUUUCAAAGAUAUUUAGUAUUCUUUCUUUAUCUGUUUCAAUUUUUAUUUCUGAAGACAUUGUUUCCAAAAUUAUGAAUUUAUUGAAACCAAUCAACAAAACAAGGAUUUCUCAAUACCAAAGUUUAUAUAUUAGUUUUGUUUCUGAUGUGUUUGCCAGCUCUCUGAAAAAUACAAAUUACUUUACAAUACUUAAUUUUGAAAAGUCACCUUUAUUGAUAAAUACAAAUAAGUUUGACAAAAAUUUUGACAUCGACAUGGAAAUGUUUUUGGAAGUUUCUGACGUUCCAUUUAGACUUUUGAAUUUCAAUGAUACAAAAAAUAGCUUUGACGUCGAUAUUAAAAACGGUUUAAUCUCAAUUUCUGCAAUAAGUGACGUGAAGACGAUAAAAAAUUUCAAUCAACAGAUUGAUUUCAACAAAUGGCUAAAAAUCAAGAUAUCCAUUACUUUUGAAAAAGAUUCAGCAAUUUUCAAAUUAUUUUAUAAUAAUUCAACAGAAAUAAUCAUUUUCUCUGAUAUUUCAUAUAAAGAGGAUGAAUCAAUUUUGUAUUCUCUUUAUCCUUUGAACCAAUUCUACGAAUUUCCAAUUGGAUAUGUUUCAAAUCUCUCUAUUUCAAGAAACUCAGAAGAAACUGAAGAAAUUCUUCCAAUAUUGAACUCAAAUUUGAUUUCUUUCAUGUUCACUAAUGACUUGAAUCUUGAUAAUUUCAUUGUUUUGUAUUUGCAACCAAAAUAUUUGACAAAUAACGGUUUAAUCAUUCAAAAUUUGUUUGAAAAAAUCACUUCACUUUUCAAGAAUUUAUUUAUUAUUUCUGAUGUUUCACAAACUAUUUUCUUAGAGAAAAACUUCAGUGAAAUAUUAUCACAAAUUUUAGUGCAAACAAAGAAAACAGGAUACCAAGAAUAUUUAGAACUUUAUAAUGAAAUUUUCUCUGUAAUAACAAUUGAUGAACUUAGAAAUGAUUUUCUCAAAAACAUAAUUAUGAAUUUAUCUAUUUGGAGUUUAGCUGAUUUACUACAAAUUGUCAAUCAUUGGAAAAGUGAUGUAAUAGUUAACCACAAAAAUGAUAUGAAAGGAACGUUAACAAUUUAUGACUUCACUUCAUUUUUAAGAGAAAACUUUGAUGAAUACUCGAAAGAAAUGUCUGAAAUCUUGAAAACAAUUAUGCCUAUUUAUAUUGAUAUUUGGUCAAUUGAUUAUGAUCAAAGCCAAUUGAUCUAUUUGAUUGGAGAGUGCCAAGUAACAACAAAUAUCCAAAUUGUUAAAUUUUUGUUGAGUUUGACAAAAUCAGUCACUUUUUCAAUCCAAAACGUGACAAUUUCACCAGAAACGACAAAACAUUUUUAUUUGUUACAUCAUUUGAUAUCAUAUUGUGAUGAAAUGAUGUUUGUCGACAUCUUAGAAAUAUUCUUUUACUUGAAUCAGAAGAAAUUAUUAAAUAUGUCAUUUGACAGACAUAUUUUGUCAAUUGUCAGAUCAACACCCCAAAGAGUUUGUACAAAAACAGUUCUCAAAUAUUUGGUGAGAAACAUUAAUGAUGGUUUCAUUGAGUUUUUACCACUUUGCUGCUUGAUUUCUUGCGAAUGUGAUGAAGUCCAAUACUUUUUGCAAGCAAUUGAAAACAAAAACGGUUUGACAAGCGAUAACGAUAGAAUUAUGUGGUUAUUAAUUUUAUUUGACAGAUUUCCUGAUUAUCAACAACAAAUUUUUGAUUUAAUCUUUGAUGAACAAAAGAUUUCCAUUUUCUGUUCUUUGUUACAUAUUUUACAAAGUCCUUAUUUAUGUGAAACAAUUUGUUGUCACUUUUUGACAUUUGCCAUAGACAGAGCACUUCGAAAUUUCAAAAAUUUAACGCAAGAUUAUGUCAACAAAUUAUUGUAUUUCUGUUAUUUAUCUAUUUUGUUCCAACCAAAGAAAUGCAAUGAUUUAUUUUUGGAAAAUCUUAUGCUGCAAAGUCCGUAUACGAAAAAGAAACAAAAGAGAAGAUCCAGUGGUUUGUUCCUUCCUUUAUAUGUGAAAUUGGAUAAAUCAAUAACUAAUUCUUUGACAGAUCAAUUUAUUUAUUCACUUCACAUGUCAGAAAAUGGCGGAUGGUUGGAUUCAAAGUUUGCUUUGAAAGUCAUCAAAUUAUAUGAAAUUUUCCCUUGUCCGGAACUUUCUUCUUUCGAUAUAUUGACAGCAAGUUAUUUGAUGAAGCUUUAUCCAACAGACGUUAAUGCACAUCUUAACACAAUUCCUUUUUCUUAUUUGGAACUUAGAAAUAACUAUAAUUUGAUUAUGAGAUUUCCAAAUUACAAGAAAUACAUUAAUUUCGAUUUGUCAAUGUUUGAAUCUGAAUAUAACGCAGAAAUUGCGUUUAGAUGUUUCGAACAAAUCGCAAGUUGUUAUCCAAUACAAGAGAUAAUUCAUGAGUUGAUGGUAAAAGUAAAACAAAUCCAUGAAGAAAGAAAAGAUGAAGAGAAAAACAUAAUGACUUCUAUUGAUAAAAACAUUGUUGAAAAUAUUUUGAAUACUGACAAUUUAUAUGUUAAAAACAAGGCAGAAAAUCGUCAAAAAUUAUUGUCAGAAAUCAAAAUAUUAAUUGAAGAACAAACUUCAGAAAAUAUUAAAGUUUUUCUUAAAAAGAAAAAUGACAAAAAAGAUUCUGAUUUAUCAGAUUUUGCCAAGAACGAAACAGAAGCAAGUUCAUUACCAGUAUUUAAGAUUGAAAAGAUCAAACUUACUAAUUCUCCUUCUUCUUUGUCUUUGACAGAAAAAAGUCCAAUUGGAGAACUAAAUUUAGGUAAAAAAGAAGAAGAAGAAAAUCAAAUCGAAAUAACUCAAAAAGAAGAAAUGAUUUACUAUGAAAUAAGGGAUGAUAUCUUAGUCCAUGGUUUGCCAAUGAAGAUGAAACUAAAUGAAAACUAUAAUGACCAUAAAAUAGCAAGUCAAAGACGUGACAAAGGAAGAGGUGACAGAGAAGUUUUUGAUUUUAAGAAAUACAAGAAACCAACUGAAACAAAUUGUUCUUUAAUAACAAUUUAUGGGGAAUUUCCUUGUUAUCUGUUAUUAACAAACAAAAAUUUGAUUAUCAAAAAUGAAGUGACCAAUGAUAUCAUUAAAACCGAAGAAUUAGAAAUGAUAAGAGCUGUUGAAUAUUUACACACAAAGAACGGAUGUGAAAUAUUUGUUAAAAACGGUAAAUCCUAUUUCAUUGUGUUUAAUAACGAACAAAUAAUCACAAAGUUCUCAAAUUUGAUUCCAAUUGAUAAUUUAACAGAAAAAUGGUUGAAUUAUGAGAUUACAAACUUCGAAUACAUCAUGGAGAUCAAUAGGAGAACAUCCAGAUCCUUUAAUGUAUUACCACAAUAUCCAAUAAUGCCUUGGAUCAUCUUAGACACAAAAAGUGAAACAUUAGAGUUCCAAAACUUGAGAGAUUUCGGAUUAAACAGCGGAAUAAUGACCCAUGAAAAGUUCCUCUCAUUCACUGAGAAGAAAAGAGAAAUCUUUUAUUCUGCAAUGAUUAACGAAAUGUCUGUUCUUUAUUAUCUAAUGAGAAUGGAACCAUUUACGAGUCUCCACAUUCAGUUCCAAUCAGGAAAAUUCGACCAUGCGAAAAGAUUGUUCCAAUCUUUGGAAGAAACAAUCGAUUUUGAUGAUUUUUCAUCAGAAUUAAUUCCAGAAUUCUAUUUUUCACCGGAAUUUUUGACAAAUAAAAAUAGAUUCGAUCUGGGAUUGGAAGAUUCAAACAUUUUAUUACCAAAAUGGUGUAAAAGCCCAAUAGAGUUUGUUUAUUUGAACAGGAAAAUCAUGGAAAGUUCGAAAGUUUCUGAAAACAUUGAUAAAUGGUUUGAUUUAAUUUGGGGAAUAGACAGGAAGAAAGAAAACAAUAAAUACGAUCCUUCUCUUUACGAUGACAGUCCAAAUCCAGAAAUGAUGUUGGGAAUGGGAGUUAUUCCGAAACAAAUCUUCUUCAAGAAACAUCCAAAAAGAAAACAAAAAGUAAAUAAUUCUGCCAAAAAAGUGACAUUUUUCAAAUUUGUUCCUUUGCAGAGUCCAAAACUCCAUGUUACAGAUAAAGGAGAGAUCGAAAUAGUUGCUAAUAUUGGUGAAAACUCGGUUACCGCUGUUUUAACGCCGAGUUUCAAUUUGUUUUCAUAUAUUUUGACGAAUUAUUCUUUGAGACAAAGUUUUUCAACGAAAAGAUUUUGUUAUUUAACUGAUAAUAACAAAACAAUAACGUUCUUCAACUCAGGAAAAUUCACAAAGUCAAUUUCCUUCAUUUCUGAUGUUAUCAAAAUUGAAAUGAACAAUAGAAUAACGGUUUGUCUGACAAAAGAUUCAAUUUUACAUGUUUUUACGAAAAAUGAAUUUAUUGACUUUUCUUUGUUUGUUUAUGACACUGAUAUAUCUUGUUUAUAUGUUUGUAGUGAUUAUGAUACAAUUGUUUACGGAACAAAGUCAGGAGUUAUUUGUUCAAUUUCUAUUCGUAAUCAACAAAUCUACAAGACAGCAAGUGUUGAUUAUUCGAUUGAGAAAAUUGAGAUUUCUCCUGGUUGGGGAUUCAUUGUUUGCUCGAAUGAAACAGAAAUAUCUGUUUUCGACCUGAACUUGAAUUUCAUCAGAACUAAAUCUUUCGAUGAAGGUUUAGUUAAUUGGUGUUUGUUAAAAGAUAUUUACGGAUUUGAUCAUAUAAUUGCACAGUUUGGGAACUUAAUGAUUCAGAAGGCUGAACUGUUUUACUUGGAUUUCAUAUAUUUUGGUGAAUUCAACAAAAAAGUUUCAUCAAUGAUAUAUUCCAAACAAAAAUCAGAAAUAUAUAUGGUUUCUGAUGAUGGACAUGGAUGUUCGAUGCUCAUUUAA